UUCACAGCAUGGACAAAAUGGACCAAACAGCCUUCUGCUGUAAAUUUCCACAAUAUAUCCGGAAAUAGUUCUCUCCGUCUACGACUUUUGCUACGUUCUCAAAACAAUUCUCUGCAACUUAAAGCUAAAGCUUUCUCACUCUCCCAAUUCUGACGCAGGGUCUUCCACCUGAAAUGUUAACGCAGUCUUGUCUUCUUUCCAUAGACGUUGCCUGACUUGCUGUGUUUCCAUUCUUUUCUGUAAAAUAGUCUGUUUUGUCAUCACAUCCAGUAGUAUGAUCACAGCAGCUGAAUUAUCUCUUUUUUUAAAAAAAGAGAGACUGUCUGAAAGCCAGUGGCAAAGUAACUUUCUUAAGAUAUGUGUCUGAGGAAUGGGUAGGCUGUCUGAUAAAACAAUUGGUGCUGACUGCAGGUCACACACCCAUCAGUGCGGACCAGGACUUCAACUCCCGGCACCCUCUGCGGUCGUUGCCCCGAGGUCCCGGAUGCAGGUGACAUGUUUACAUCAGGAAGGGAGCAGCGGAGAACGGCAAGUCCUGUGAUUGAACCAAACAUGGAUACAGUUUGCUUAAUAAACGUUAUCAUCUGCACUGCGGGCAGAGGCAAUAGCGUCUCCCACAAUGACCAGCAGGUGACCAGCAUCUCCCCCUCUCCCUCUCACUGAACUAACUUGAGUUGGAGCCCCACCCCCCCUUCAUGUUGUGUCACUCAGUCUGCGGGCUUCACCCACUUAACAGUCCAAGUGCACCAAGAAUUCUCGGUGGGGCUUGGGUGGCUGGAAGAGGAGGCCACUGCUGACACAAGGUUGAGAGAUGCCAGCGGCAUUGUGCUGACCAGCGGGUGGUGGGAACAUCGGUGAUUUGAAGAUUGCCAUGGGACUUUGCCAAUCUGCCCACCUUCUCACCAGAAAUGGAGGGGUAUGCUGUAUAAAUCUGAAUGAAGUAAGACACAGCACUGAGAGUAAUCAAGACAUCUGGUGUGCUGGGAACACCCAAGUUAACCUCAAUGUAUCCCAUGUUAACAAUUUUGAGUAUGUUUUAUUACAUUUGCCUGCGGCGUAGAGCCAGAUCUGGUACAAGAGGAGAAAUAAUGAAUAGUCGACGAGCUAUUGAGUCGAACAAUCGCAUCCUACCUCUCAGUGUUGAACUGGUGCAGCAUGUCAAAGAAGUGGUGGACUUCAGUUCUCAGUAUGGCAGUGAGAACAGCUUGUCCUACACUAUGUGGAAUUUGUCUGGACUGCCCAAUGUUUAUCCAAGUUCUGGUGACUUCACUCAGACAGCGGUGUUUCGGACAUAUGGAAGAUGGUGGGAGAAGUGUCCAAGCUCCCCUCAGCCAUUCAGGAGGAUGCCUCGUACUUUUCAGAGCCAGGAAUACGUUGAGCUAGUAUUUGAAGAGGCUGUGUAUCCAACGGCUAUUGAUGUUUUGGAAACAUAUCACCCUGGAGCAAUUGUCAGGAUCUUGGCUUGCUCAGCAAAUCCUUAUUCUCAGACUCCUCCAUCAGAAAUUAGAUGGGAAACUCUAUGGGCAGGGGACCCUGGGAAAGUGAAUAUCUCUCAGGCUCGCCAAUUUACGCCGUGCAUUAAACAAAUUAACUUCACCACAAACUUGAUUCGCCUGGAAUUGAACAGUUCUCUGCUAGAAUACUAUACUGAAUUGGAUGCUGUCCUGCUACAUGGUGUCAGGGAUAGACUUCUUCCCCUACAUAAACCAUCCAUGUUAGAUCUGGAAGAUGAUGACAAGGAAGAUCAUAGUAUAGAGUACUUCAAUGAACAGUUCAGUGGAAAAAUCUUGCCUGAAAGUACCAAGAAUGGUUACUUUGAAAAAUUGCCUUAUGAGUUAAUCCAGCUGAUUCUCAGUCACCUGACAGUGCCAGAUCUUUGUCAGUUGGCACAGACCUGCAAGUUGCUACACCAGCAUUGUUAUGAUCCUCUUCAGUAUGUCCAGCUCAGUUUACAACCUUAUUGGGCAGGACUGAAUGACGCCUCUCUGGAACACCUACAGUCACGCUGUGCUCUUGUGCAGUGGUUAAAUAUGUCUUGGACAGGGAAUAGAGGAUCAAUCACCAUGCAAGGAUUCAGCAGAUUCAUGCAAGUGUGUGGAUUUGAGCUGGUGCGUCUAGAGUUGGCCUGUUGCCACUUCCUGAAUGAAACUUGCCUCGAGGUUAUUGCUCAGAUGUGCCCAAACCUCCAAGAGCUGAACCUUUCAUCCUGUGAUAAACUAAACACUCAGGCUUUCUGCCAUAUUGCUAAGAUCUCAGGUCUCCGACGUCUGGUCGUUUACCGCACAAAAAUUGAGCAAACAGCACUGCUCAGCAUUCUGAACUUCUGCUUGGAACUUCAGCACCUCAGCCUGGGCAGCUGUGUCAUGGUUGAAGACUAUGACCUUGUGGCUGGUGUAAUUGGAGCCAAAUGUAAAAAGCUGCGAUCCCUGGAUCUAUGGAGGUGUAAAAAUAUUACGGAAAAUGGCAUUGCUGCUAUUGUAGCAGGUUGUCAACUCCUGGAAGAACUGGAUCUUGGAUGGUGCCCAACUUUACAAAGCAGCACAGGAUGCUUUAUAAAACUUGCUCGCAAACUUCCCAAUUUGCGCAAGAUCUUCCUGACAGCCAAUAGGUCGGUGUGUGAUGCAGAUAUUGAGGAACUGGCAGCAAAUUGCCCUCGUCUGUUUCAUGUGGAUAUAUUGGGAACACGAAUGGUGAGCCCUGGGGCCUUACAAAAGUUGCUUCAGUAUUGUAAAGAGCUCCGUCUGCUAGACGUUUCCUUCUGUUCCCAGAUUGACAGUCGAGUGGUACAAGAACUCAGCGCCAACUUCCCAAACGUAUCAAUUAAGAAGAGUUACACCCAGUGACCAGCCUUGCUCUUCCUCAUUAUGAAAAAUGAGUCAUCAAUUCUCUAGUCCUGAUUUGCUUUCUGGGAUUUAACAAAAUGCAUCUUAACUUGAAGCUUAAUUCCUAACUCUUUGGCACAUUUCCAAUCUAGCCCUCCUUCUGGGAAAUUACCAAAAGUGUAAUUGUUGCAAUCAUGAAGAGUGGUUCUGGGCAACUAAAUCAACACUGACGAUAUGGAGUGAGAGUGAAGUUUUGGAAGGAACCAAACACGUGUUUUUGUAAUAAUUCAGUAGCCAAGAUAUAUAUGUGUCUUUAAUUGUAUUCCCCUACUGUAAACUAGCAACAAUAAGUAAUAUUUCAAAUUAAGUUUUUUUUCCCCGAAGCAUACUUUUAAAGGCCAGAAGGGUUAUACCUCUCAGGUUAGUGGAAUGGAUGCCAAGAAACUUGAUGUACAGGGGUUUUAGAUGGUAAGGAUUGCAUUGUUUGAAAGUUUGCAUUGGCAACCUGGUUUGUACUUAUAUAUUUGUAUUGUUGACUGAGUAACUGUGUAUCUCAAAACAAGAGUUCCUAUUGCAGACUGAAACUUCCAGUCCACAUCAUAGUAUAAAGAGCAGAAUGCUUUGAUUUCAAUUGACAAAUCUUUACACUGCUCUUGAGGGAAAUACUGGAAUUCUGAUAUGUCUCUACACUGGGAGUACUGAUACAGUAUUUCACAUCACACAAUAUCAUUAUACAAAAAUCUGCUAGCCAUGCUAUUCGAUUGAAUGUUGUUAUGAGAAAAGAUUGGUUAUUUUAAGAAACUUACAAUAUUGUGUGUUUAGUAUUUUAUAUAUUACCACUUCUGUAGAGAAUUUUAAGUUAUGCCAUUACUCUUCUAUGUUUAAAGGGUAAAGAUGCACAUUGAAAUAUUUUUAUUCACAACAAUGAUUAAAUUUGACUUCUGAAGGUUCUGAGUUUUAGCUUGCAUUUGAUCAGGAAUAAAAGAUGAGUAUUGCUUACACUCAUACUUUCCUAACAAGACACAACGUGUUGGAGCCUGUUCAUUAUUCAAUUAAGACUUGCAUAGAUUUGUUUACUCAGCAAUUUGUCAAGCUUCCUCAUACAAUUUUUUUUAGCUAUGUUGCAUGAUCACUCUAGCCACUGCAGAAUUAACCAUCUAGUUGGACAGUAAGUUUUAAAUCUUACCUCAUUAUUGAGAACAUAGAUUGAGAUUUUUAUCUCUUCUCAUGUUUGACAUAUUUUACCAUUUUAAUUAUAAUUGGAUGUUUUGAGGAUGCUCCACAUGAGGAAAGAUUCUGUCUAGGUAGUGUUAAUUAGUAAUGUCAUCUACAUGAAAUUUUUGCAUACAAUUAUAAUUUCUGCCUGUGUUCAUUGCUGUUGGUGAAAACAAUCAGUCCAUAAAACCAACUCCUUUGACCAGUUGGUUGAUCUGGUAUACCCUCUUUUGAUCAGUUUACAUUUUAAAUAUUCUUGUAUAUUAUGAAUCUGAAUAUUUUGAUUAAUAUUGUGCAUGAUAUGUUUUCCUUGUUGGUGUUUCAUAAUAAGUAAGUUUAAUUUUCUUCAUUUUAAUCCCAGCACAGAAUCAGACUACAUUGAAUUUGAGGUUAAAGACAUGAUGAAAAUGUGUUCUUAAAGCAAGUUGAAAUGUUCUUGUAGAAAAUUCAUAGUGUCUAUUAGGAGUCCCCAUUUUCAAUUUUAGUGAAAGUGUUUGUUCACUAAAAGAAUAGCUCUUAUCAGGGAUUUACAUCAGAUUUAAAUGUAAUCAGGUAUUUGAUUGAAUAUUGGCUUAUUUGCACAAUAAAAGAAAAAUGCAAAAUAUUUUUAAUAUACGUUUUGGCUAACCUCAAAUCAAAUAAUGCUCAGGUGUAUUUUUUCACAAGGCAUUUAUUUCAUACAGGAUCAAAGUAUCAUGAAUACAGGGCAGUAAUCUGAUUUCAGAUCACUUCCUCCAUUGUAAUGGUGAUUCUUUUCUCUGUGUAUUUAAUGUCUGGUGCAGCCUGAAGUAAAAUGUAAAAUGCUGCCAUAGUGCAAAAGCAGGUUGUGCUGGAAUUGAUUUCUGGGAAUAUCAGAAUCAUGUAUAUUUGAAUUUAGAUGACCCACAAAAGUCACAUUAUAAUGGCUUAAAUGGAGUGAUAGAGAGUAAAUAUUGACAGUUAUUUUCCAGAAGUCCUAAACGUUCUCAAAACUGGUUUAAAUAUGUAGAUAAAUUUAGAAGAAUCCUUCCAUUUCCUACUAUCAUUACAUAUUUGUAGAUCAUGCCAAAAGGAUAUUGUUUUAAAAUAAUGGAAAGGAAGAAGAGGAAAAUUAUUUUGCUGCCAAGUCAUUGACUUCUUAUGUGAAAGCACAAAUUCUAAACUUUCAAAUAAUCAAUGUAGGUAUUGAAACAAUUGCCGCCUUAAUCCAUUAACGUCAUAUGUUUCCAUAUGUUAAAAUACUUCAUCAAUAUCGUGUUGUUCAUACAUUAGUGCUGGGUAGUGUUUUAGAAAUCUAUUGAUUUUCAAAGUAUUCUCUUGGCCAAGGUACGACAGAAAUUUAUCACUGACAGUCAUAAUUUCUCAGACUAUUAUCUGCAUUAAUAAAUAAUCUGUGCAAAUAAUUAGCAUUUAUUUUACUUGCUUUAUCAACCAACUGUUUUCUCUCUUUUUUGGAGGAUGUAUGGACAUCUUAAAGUGUGCAGCCUGAAAGAAUAAACAAUUUAGAAUAUAAGGAUUUUGCUUUUAAUGCUGCAAAUGUUUAGCAACCUGUGGCUUUGAGAAGAACAAACAAUAUUUGUAUUAGGAUAAAGAGCAGUGUCAUGAAAAUGUUUUAUUUGUUCAAUCUUGUAAAAUCUUUGUUAUUUGCAAAGCCUUUUGGAGUGAGCUCCUUUCUAGAAAGAAAUCCCCAAAGUAAUGUCUAUGAGAUAAAAUCCUUUUAAUUCUGCCACUCAGUUGAGUCCCAUUUUUAAAAAAACUCUGAAAUGUCCAAACUCCCGUUUACAUUGCUUCCCAUCCUCUCAAAGGACACAGAGGUUAACCAGUCUGAAGAUGUUUGUUCAAGCAUAUAUUUCCUGUUGUUACUUUUUUACAUAACUAGUGAAACAACUCAUUUGAAAGGUUGAGGAGAGGAUAGUUUUCACCAGAACAUCUGCAGUGUUCCCUUUGUGUAGAUCCUGCUUAUCUACAGCAGCACUGACAAACAUACUCAUGAACUUGGAAAGUUCAGAUCCUUUUGACUCCAAAUUUACAUAUUUGCCUUUCCUGAUUUAAUGGAAGAAGAGGAAUCUGAUUGGAAGGCAGGUGAUGGGAGAGAUGUCACGUAUCUCUUCCAGGCUAUUGAAGUACAAUGUUUAAUCUAGUACCGAUAUUGCAUUUUAUGCAGAUAUCUACUGGACUGCCAUAACUUCAUAUUCCAGGGAAAUCAGUAACAAAAGAAAAGUGUGAUUUUUUUUGAGAAAAUAACUAACAGCUCAAUUGCACUGUAGACUCUAUAGAUUUAAUUUGUUAUCAAUAUUCAA